AUGGAAGAACACAAGAACAAUCAGCUAGAUUAUGAGUCAGAGAAAGUGGAAAUCUUAAGAUUGGUCCAGUCAAAGAGGAACAUUAACAGUUUGAACAUGGACCUUGAAAGGGAUAUGCAGAGAAUAGAUGAAGCAAAUCAGGAACUUCUUCUCAAAAUCCACAAGAAAGAAAAUGAGAUUCAGAGGCUGGAAAAUGAGAUCACUCAGACCGGAGACUUGGCUGAAGAUGAGGAGUGGGAGAAGGAGAAUUGCACCGCAGUGGAGAGGGAAAAAGCCUUGCAGGAGCUGGAAGAAGAAACAGCUAGACUCGAUAGGAAGAAUGAAACUCUGGUCCACAGUAUAGCAGAACUUCAAAGAAAGCUUACAAGAAAAUCACAUAAGGCAACCAAGUGUGAACAAGACAAUACAAAGGGAUCCCCAGAAGAGUCAAAGGCCAAGUUACAACAGCUGGAAGCUUCCUGUGCAGACCAAGAGAAAGAGCUAGCCAAGGUAAUGGAAGAUUAUGCAUUUGUGGCCCAGCUCUGUGAAGAUCAGGCCCUCUGCAUAAAGAAGUACCAGGAAACUCUGAGGAAAAUAGAAGAAGAACUAGAGACUCAGUUCCUUGAGAGAGAAGUAUCAAAAGUCCUGAGCAUGAAUUCUGUAAGAAAAGAGUCUAACAGCCAAAAUAACAAGAUCCUGCCUCCUGUCACCAAGAUCAAUUCUAGAGAAAAACUUAAGGGAACUGGUGGGGAAGGGGCUGUUUUUCACUGGAUUUUUCAAUAUGUCUUUUUCACCACCCUAUUUUUCAUCAGACUGCUGGGCUACUUGUUUUUCUAUAUAAGUUUUAUAAAUCCAGAUCUCCUUAUCAACAUACUGCCCAAGAUAUUGAGCAGGGCCAUCCUGUGGAAGCUAAGAUGCUUCCUCUUUCCAUCUCUCACACUUGAGACAGAGGACAUGUUACCCCACUGA